AUGAAGUUGGUGGCAUACCUCACCCUCCUCAUCUCUGCGGUUCACGCCGGUCCGCUGACAAAGAGACAAACUUGUCCGCGUGCCUGCGACGUCUCUCAAUGCGCUCCUCCGUCGCGGGAGGUCUGUUACUACGGGCAGGUGAGGGACGGAUGCGGCUGCUGCACGGUGUGCGCGGCCGGGGAGGGCGAUGCCUGCGGGGAGCGGAGCGGUGGCGGCCUCCCCUGCGGCGAGGGGCUGCUGUGCGACUCUGUCCGGGGGAAGCUUGGCGGGCUCCGCAGCUCCUGCGCGUGCGCCGCCUCCGGCCCGGUGUGCGGCAGCGACGGACGGACUUACCCCAGCAUCUGCCGCCUGAGAGCCGAGCUCGGAGAGGGUCCCCCGGUCAUUUUGAUCCAGAGGAGUUGGUGUGAUUCAGGAAUGCAACAUCCAGGAAGUAUGCGCAACAAGUUCAACUUCAUUGCAGAUGUGGUGGACAAGAUCAUCCCAGCUGUGGUGCAUCUAGAGCUUUUCCAAGGAGUGCCAUUUUCCAGUGAGGAGGUCUCUGUGUCAAGUGGCUCUGGGUUUUUAGUGUCAGAGGACGGCUGGAUCCUCACCAGUGCUCACGUACUCAACAACAAGAGGCGGAUAAAAGUGGAGCUGAAAAGCGGUUCGCAGUACGACGCCUCAGUCAAGGACGUGGACCAGAAGAUGGACAUUGCUCUCAUCAAAAUUGAACCAGAUAGUCCCCUGCCUGCGCUCCUUCUCGGCCAGUCCUCAGACCUGCGUCCCGGUGAUUUUGUGGUGGCGGUGGGAAGCCCCUUCUCCCUGCAGAACACUGUCACCACCGGCAUUGUCAGCACCGCUCAGCGCAACGGCCUGGAGCUGGGCUUUAAGGACGCGGACAUGGACUACAUCCAAACCGACGCCAUCAUUAAUUAUGGCAACUCUGGUGGGCCGCUUGUCAACUUGGAUGGAGAUGUAAUAGGCAUGAAUACCCUGAAAGUGGCAGCAGGAAUCUCUUUUGCCGUCCCUGCCGACAGAAUACGCCAAUUCCUCGCUGAUUCCUACAACAGACAAGUCCACGGAAAUACGCGACAAAAAAACAAAUACAUAGGUGUCCGGAUGAUACAUCUUUCACCAUCCUUGAUUCGAGAUCUCAAGGAGCGUGAGAGCGAAGUUCCAGAUGUGAGCUCAGGUGUUUACAUCUAUGAGGUCAUACCUGGAACAGCUGCAUCCAGCGCUGACUUGAUCGACCGCGACGUCGUCAUCGGCAUCAACGGCCGGCCCGUCCGCACCACGCAGGACGUGAGCGAAGCCAUCCGGAGCGGCGGCACGCUUUCAGUGACGGUGAGACGAAAGGAUGAGGAUGUUACUCUGACCAUCACUCCUGAAGAGACUGAAUGAUACCACUCACUGUACAUGGCGACCAUUAAAGACUAAGAUUGACUUAACACACUGAGCCGCUGGAAAAAAAAACUGCUGUUGGAUUUGUUGCCUGCAUUACUUGGUCUAUUGUGAG